UAAGAUGUGAUACGCAUACAAUCCACACGAAUCAUUCACCUCUCCUUCUUCCCCUUCUUCCCUGAAUUUUAUAAACCCUAAAAACUUAUGAGGCCUCAUAACUGCAUCAUCCAUCCAAGAUCAACUUGAUUAAUAGACAAGCGUGAUCUUCCAAAAUUCCUGUUGAUCAUUUAGUGGCUAAUUUAGGUGAUUGAUCACCCAAAUUAGCCAAUUUCAGUUGAUGCUAUGUAUGUAUAUUUUUAGGGAUUAUUAGUUUCACCACUUUUGUCUUUCAACCAAAACUAAACCACAUAUCAAAACAUUAACUUAAAAAGCCUAAAACAAAUCUCUCUUGUUCUGCAUGUCUUCCUCUCUUGCAUGGCAGAACAUCAUCAUUCUUUCAUGUUCUUCCUCCUACGUCUAUUAUCGGUGAUACAACUAGUAGCAGCGGCACAAGAACUAAAAGAACCGUCGACAAAGGAGGGUGGUAGUCAUUUCGAUUUGCUUACAAAGGUUUGCGAAAAGAAGGAGUUUGAAAACGUGACGAAUUUUGUAGUGAAUUUCAACGAAGCUAAUAACAUUCUUAUAAGGGAGAACUUUUUUGCUCCAAAAGCAGGGCAAACAUCGACUGGGAAAGAACCCUACAAAAUAUAUUUAAUGGCCGCAUGUUAUGAAGACCUCUCAGAGGAUCAAUGCAAUAGUUGCUACAUUCAAGCUCGUUACCAUCUCCCAACCUGCUUCCCACGGGCAGGUGGCCUUGUUCAUCUAGGUGGUUGCUUCCUUAGAGCUGCUAAUUACAAUUUCUUCCAUGAAUUUCUGUCUCCCAUGGAUGUAACGAUUUGUGGACCGACACUGAAAGAUGACAAAUCCCGCAAAGAAUCAAUUAAAAGAAUGGUGUAUGACACGGUUAAGAAUUUCAAGAAGGCAAAUGGGGAAGCUUACACAGAAGAUGAGUACACAUGGCCACUGUUCUGGGGUUCACCCCUUUAUGUCCAAGCUAACUGCUGGAAGACCUUGGACAAGUUUUCAUGUGCCUCUUGCCUUGAUAAGUCUGCCUCAACUAUCGUUUCUUGUCUUCCUGCUACUGAAGCUUGGGAUCUCAGAGCCGGUUGUAUGAUUCACUACUCUGACUAUCCAUUUUUUAGAGAAGGGAAAUCAUCAAGAAGCUCUGUUCGUAAUACGACUAUAACGUAUAUCGAGAUUGUUCUUGGUGCUACUAUGGUUUGUGCAUUCGCUAUUUGUAUUGGAAUCUUCGCGGGGAAAUUCGUAUAUGAUCGAAAAAACAGACAACAAGCUACAAUGAUAGCAGGAGCUGAUGGAGAUCAAUCACUGUUCAAGAGGAGUUUGAAAUUCAAGUACUCAACUAUAGAGAAAGCAACUCACUACUUUAGUGAAGCAAACAAACUUGGUCAAGGAGGUUUUGGUGAAGUAUUUAAGGGAACUUUAGCUGAUGGUAGAGAAAUUGCCGUAAAACGUCUUUACGUAAGCCCUACUAACAGAAGUGAGGAGAUAUUCAAUGAGAUGAAUGUGAUCAGUCAUUGUCACCACAAGAAUUUGGUUCGGUUCCUUGGUUGCAGCAUUACAACUCUAGAUAGCAUUCUUGUAUACGAAUUCGUUCCGAACAAAAGCCUCAACUUGUUCCUAUUUGAUAAUGAAAAGAAGACAGAAUUAGAUUGGAAGAAGAGGUUUGGAAUCAUAAAAGGAACUGCAGAUGGCCUAGCAUAUCUUCAUGAAGAUUGUCAAAUUGUUAUUGUUCAUAGAGAUAUCAAGGCGAGCAACAUCUUAUUAGACCUCCGAUUUAGACCCAAAAUUGCUGACUUCGGUCUAGCCAGAUUUUGUGCAGAUGAUACAGGAAAUCCCAAGGGUAUAGUCAUUGCUGGCACAUUUGGGUAUAUGUCCCCGGAGUACCUGACUCAUGGACAAUUAACAGAAAAGGUUGAUGUUUAUAGUUAUGGAGUUAUAGUCCUCGAAAUAGUCACUGGUAUCCAGAGUAACCAUUUCACUGCAGAUGAAUCGCUCGAAACAUUAGUAACUUGGACAUGGAAGCAUUACAAGACGAAUAAAGUGUCAGACAUAAUAGACGAAAGUAUCGAAAUAGUAGAAGAUCAUGAGGAAGUGAAAAGGGUAGUACAAGUGGGUCUGUUGUGCACACAAGAAGCAGCAGCAUUAAGGCCAACCAUGAAAGAAGUAAUACAAAUGCUGAGGCAAACUGAUCAACCACUUCCGGAACCUUCUAAACCUCCUUUCUUUGACGAAACUUUUGGAAGCGCCAAAAACGCCAACUUUUUAUACGGGUCAAGUCACGGUCACAGUCAUCAUCACGAAAAUGUUCCUGAUUUUUGUAAAUCUCAUCAUAGUAGUACCAAACAGCGCCACUAGUUAAAUUAGGUUCUUUUUUUCCCUUUCUUUUGGUAUAAAACAGUCUCAUUCGUGCAUUAGACAUUUCACAAA